AUGUCGGUGACAGAAGAAACAACGACCGAAGAGCUCCUAGAGGUUCUGAGAAAACAUGGCACACCAGAAAUAAUUGUAACUAAACUCAAAGAUGAAUUUAUUGAUGGUGAGAGUUUCUUGGAUUUGUGUAAUAACUUGAUGUAUAUGCAAAUGAUACCGCAGUAUGGUUUACAAUUCAAAUUCAGGAAGAUAUAUCUAAAAAUAACAGGAACAAACUUGAUGCUCCCUCCAAUGUUUUUUGGAUUGCCGGGUACUACAGUGCAAGUCAGCAAUGCUACAACUGUUGGGCCUGCCCCGUCUGUAUCAACUGCUACAAAAGACCCUGCGUCUGUGGAAGUAUCAGUAGACAAGAAUACAGAUAGCACUCUCUCACAUAUGAAGUCUAAAACUAUUGGACAACGAGAGCUAGUACCGAAUCCUGCACCAUUACCAAUAUUCAGUCCAUUAGUGCAGCAACGACUUGAUGCUGUUACUGGUUCAGUGCAUUCCAUGUGGCAUAAAUUCAUUGCUGAAUUGGCUGAGUUUUACGUAUGCCAAGGAUAUUAUUUAAGAACCCAAGUUGAAUACAAGAAUAUUGGUCAGACAUUACAAGCAAAAUACAGUUUCAUUUCAGAAGGGACACCUUUGACAUAUUUCACCAAAAGCUUAUCAGCAAAAGUGCGGAAUCUGAGGAUGCAUCUGAAGAAAAAGGAUGGUGAUUCAUCUUCUUGCAAUAGAACAGUUGCAACACCAAACAAAAAGCCAAAAGUUGAAAGUACACCAAUGCCAAACCAGCACGAACCAACAAGGGAGACAUACAAUGAGAAUCUGCCCUCAAAAAAUGACAGUGAUACUUAUUUACAUAUAGAGACAACAGUUGACAAAGAAAAGGGCACAAACAUUGGACAAUUACCAAGGGAGAUUGUGGGUGCAGUCUCAAAGCUUCGGGAGGCCACCUAUCAAAUAGUUCAGGUCAAGUCCACUUGUCAGUUGGUUGCUGCCAAGGGCAAGCGGAAAGGGUCCCAAGCGCAGAAAACACAACAACCAAAGGCGGUACCCACUGGCCAGAGGCAAGGAGAUAAGUGCCCCCAUCUUUCCAGGGAGAGGCAGCGGGUAACCGAUCCCUACACUCUUCAGGCAGUGAUACAUGAUUACAAGAUACCUCUGCGAUCUCCACCCCCUGUCAAUAGCACCCCUGCUGGGAGCACUGCCAGGGGAUCCUCGCAAGGUGGAAGCAAUCCGACAGGAGGUUGA